GAAACAUUCUUUGUGUUUGCCUGCUUGUCUGUUCUUUGGUCAGAUAAGAAUCCCCGCUCCAUGAGGGGCUCCCGUGAGGCAGUCACCUGGGGUGCAUCUCGACCCACGCCAGCCUGAAUCAUAGGUUGCUCAGAAAGAAGCUGGGGAAGAAGAAAUGACAUCUGGUCCUGCCGUCGUCUUCUCCAUCCUCGUUAUUGGAAAAUAUUGUGCUCCGGGGAGUGCCCAGGAUGUCAUGUGUCCCCUGGGCUCCUUUCCCUGUGGGAACAUCACGAGAUGCUUGCCUCAGCUGCUGCACUGCAACGGCGUGGACGACUGUGGGAACGAGGCAGACGAGGAGGACUGCGGAGAUAACAACGGGUGGUCUCUGCAGUUGGACAAGUAUCUUGCCAGCUACUACAAACUGGCUUCCUCAUAUCCAGUCAAGGCAGAAACAUCUGAAUGCUUGCUUGGGUCUGUACCCCUGCGUUGCUUUUGCCGAGAUCUAGAGCUUGACUGUGACGAAGCCAGUUUACGAGCUGUGCCCUCCGUUUCUUCCAAUGUGACUGUGAUGUCCCUUCAGUGGAACCACAUAAGAAAACUUCCUCCCAGUGGCUUCAGGAAAUACCACGCUCUCCAGAAACUGUGCCUGCAAAACAAUGAGAUUAGAUCUGUGUCCAUCUCUGCUUUCAGAGGACUGCACAGCCUUUCCAAACUAUAUCUUAGUCACAACAGAAUAACCUUCCUGAAGCCAGGUGUCUUUGAGGAUCUCCACAGACUAGAAUGGCUGAUAAUCGAAGAUAAUCACCUUAGUCGAAUUUCCCCACUGACGUUUUAUGGGCUGAAUUCUCUCAUUCUCUUGGUGCUGAUGAACAAUGUCCUGACCCACUUGCCUGACAAACCUCUCUGUCAACACAUGCCCCGGCUUCACUGGCUGGACUUUGAAGGCAAUCACAUCCAUAAUUUAAGAAAUCUGACUUUUAUUUCCUGUGGAAACUUAACAGUCUUAGUAAUGCGGAGAAACAAAAUUAAUCACUUAAGUGAGCAUACAUUUACACACCUCCAAAAGCUAGAUGAACUGGAUUUAGGAAGCAAUCGAAUUGAAACCCUUCCACUGCAUGUAUUUAAGGACCUGAAGGAGCUGUCGCAAUUGAAUAUUUCCUAUAACCCAAUCCAGAAAAUUCAAGUGAAUCAAUUUGAUUAUCUUACCAAACUCAAGUCUCUCAGCCUAGAAGGAAUUGAGAUUUCAAAUAUCCAGCAGCAGAUGUUUAAGCCCCUUGUGAAUCUCUCUCACAUCUAUUUUAAGAAAUUUCAGUACUGUGGAUAUGCGCCACAUGUUCGGAGCUGCAAGCCAAACACGGACGGAAUCUCAUCUCUUGAGAACCUCUUGGCAAGUGUCAUCCAGAGAGUUUUUGUCUGGGUCGUCUCUGCAGUCACCUGCUUUGGAAAUAUUUUUGUCAUUUGUAUGAGACCUUGCAUCAGGUCCGAAAACAAGCUGCAUGCCAUGUCAAUCAUCUCUCUCUGCUGUGCUGACUGCCUAAUGGGGAUAUACUUAUUUGUGAUUGGGGCCUUCGACCUCAAGUUUCGAGGAGAAUACAAUAAGCAUGCCCAGCUGUGGAUGGAGAGCGCUCACUGUCAGUUCACGGGGUCUCUGGCCAUUCUGUCCACAGAAGUAUCCGUCCUACUUUUAACAUUUCUGACACUGGAAAAAUACAUCUGCAUUGUGUAUCCUUUUCGAUGUUUAAGGCCUCGGAAGUGCAGAACCAUCACAAUCCUGGUGCUCAUUUGGAUUCUUGGGUUCAUAGUGGCUUUCGUUCCGCUAAGCAAUAAGGAAUUUUUCAAAAACUACUACGGCACCAAUGGAGUGUGUUUUCCUCUUCAUUCAGAAUACACAGAGAGCACCGGGGCCCGAAUUUACUCAGUGGUGAUUUUCCUUGGCAUUAACCUGGCGGCCUUCGUGGUCAUCGUCUUCUCCUACGGAGGCAUGUUUUACAGCGUCCGCCAAAGCCCCACGACGGCGAGCGAGGUCCAGAAGCAGGUGAAGAAGGACGUGGUCCUCGCCAAGCGCUUCUUCUUUAUCGUGUUUACCGACGCCCUGUGCUGGACCCCCAUUUUCAUACUGAAAUUUCUUUCCCUGCUUCGGGUGGAAAUACCAGGUACCAUUACCUCUUGGGUAGUAAUUUUUGUUCUGCCUAUCAACAGUGCUUUGAACCCAAUUCUGUAUACUCUGACCACAAGACCUUUCAAAGAAAUGAUCCAUCAGCUCUGGCACAAUUACAGACAAAGAAGGUCUGUUGGUAGGAAACGAGCUCAGAAGACAUACGCACCAUCAUUCAUCUGGGCCGAAAUGUGGCCACUGCCGGAAAGGCCGAGGGAGCUCAUGAAGCCAGCUGCCUUCAUGGACCCCUGUGAAAUGUCACUGAUUUCUCAGUCAACUAGACUCAAUUCCUACUCAUAACUGGCUCUGAAAACCAUUUCAUCACAAAGAAAUGGGGUGCUACAGGGGGGGGAUUUACUGAUGCAAAAUAAAUAUCACAAAAUUUGCAACUUCAUAGCUAAAGCAAGUUAACACACAAAUAUGAGAAAAAAUGAAAGUGGCUAAUAUUCAUAUAAAGUGAUAAUUAUACUAAUAAUGUGUACAUAUUGGUACUCUUUUGCAUAGAAAAUUAAGAGAAAUCAACUUUGGGGAGAUUAAUUCAUUCUCUUACCUGCAUUUAUUGAAUACCCACUAUGCACAUUGCAUGGAGAUAAGCAAUUGGAUGUAUACAAUAUAGUACCUUUUGAAUCUCUAAAUUGUGUAACCACAAUACUACACAGAAUAUAUUGACAGCUCUUACUUCAGAUUUUUUUUCUGUUAUUCAUACUGGAAAACAAGACUCAAAGACAUUCUUAAGUUUAAAGUUUUGUAAUUCUUGGGCUGGGGAGAGGGCUCAGUUGUUAAAGGUGCUUGUUUGUGAAGCCUGAUGGCCCAGGUUCAGGUCACCAGUACCCAUGUAAAACCAGAUGCAUAAAGUAGUGCAUGUGUCCAGAACCUAUUCACAGCAGCGAGAUGACCGAGGAGCUACCAGAUUCACUUAAUCACCAGCUGUGAUGGAACCGUUGGAAUUGCUGUUGCUGACAGUGAGCCUGACAUACCACAAACAGCUCUAGGUCCUGGUCUUUCCCCUGCUUCCUGCCUGCCUGUGUGAAGAUGUGAAAUCACCUUCUCGCUCUGGUCUUCAUGCCUCCCUUGCCCUCUGUGAUGCCAUCUACCAUGCAGAACUGGAAGCCGAACGAAACCUUUCUCCUUCAGGAAGCUUCUUCUGGUUGGUUGUUUUGUCCCAGCAACAAGAACAUGACUAAUACAGAAAACUAAACUGGUACCAAGUAGUAGGGUUGCUGGAAUGUAAAAUGGCAAUAGCCAACUGGGAAAGGUCAGCUGUUCCUACAAAAAUUAAAUAAAAUAAAAUUACUCUAUGACCUAGCAAUGUCCCUUCCAGAUACAAGCACAAAAGAAUGGAAGAGGGCUGGAGAGAUGGCUUAGCGGUUAAGCGCUUGCCUGUG